AUUUUCUACUCUUUUAUUCGGUAGUGCGUACAGUCCAUAGCAUUAUGUUCCAUUGUGAGUACCACUAAACAAAUGCGGUUUUUUGCGCUUUAAAGAAAAGUGCAGCACGUCCGUGAGUGUUUGUGCUGCGGCAGACGAGAGCGCACAGCAGCGGGCUGUCAGGUGCUGCAAACUUUAAUGCAAAACUUGGUGCGAGAGGCGCGGGGGAGAGAAAAGUCACCGAAAAACAUUUCAGGGCAGCGCCGUGAGGUUAUCAUCAAUAAAUCAUCCACAAGGUGCAAUCACGUAAAGUUCCUUAUAAUCGCAUCGAGAUGGCAAUUCUGGAUCCAUAAUUGUAAAGCAAAUUAUCCAUCGUGAGCCGAAGUUAAGGGUUCUAUCAUAACAGCAUGCUCUAACUUGCUAGUGGUUACAACCAUGGAGACAGUUGGUAAUAACUCACUGCACGUUGUUUUGCAGUGGCGUAAUCGUACAGUUGAGGGUUGUGUGAGGAUUUUGUGAGUGCUUUUAUAUUUCUUCAUUUGUGUUCUGGUGUGAUCCAGAUUGACUUUUACAACCUGUCUGUCAGAUGGACCCUCUUUCUGUUUUUGCACUCACUCAGGUUUGCUUGUCCCUUGAAUGAGUAGCCAUUAUGUUGCCUUUUAGCCUUUUAUGUGUCCAAGAUCAAUUUGUUUGCUGUCAGUCAUCUUCUGUGUAUACACGGAGACUGUGUUCUUUUACUUGUAUAUGAAGUUGUGUAGAAAAUAAAGUUUCGGGUCAUUCUAGGGUCAUGGAGCUUUUAGUCUGGAAGUUACUGUCCUUGUUAGCACAGGAUUAUCUGUCAGUGCCUUCCUAUUGGUAGAGUUAGUGUAAAUACGUUUUAUGAAAUGCAAUGAAAUACGACAAGAGAGAUAGAGUCUUAUCUGUUGGCAUCUGCUGAUCGUCAGUUUGUGUGUCAUGACACUUUUCUUUUGACUUUUGAAUGAAACUCGCAUGUUAUUUGGAUGUUGGGAGCAAGUUUUGAGUGGUGAUUAAAUAAAUCAUGUUAAGGAAGAAAAUAGAUGAGUGUCACAAAACUGAUAAAAAUCUGUGAAAAUAAGAAAUAAGACUGCAUUUGUCAUAAUCUAAUCCAGGAUAUCAAGAGGAACGCAGUCAUUUAUAUAUACAGCAGAAAAUGAAGACAAAAUUGACAGGUUUAUUGAAGCGUUUGUCAUUUGGUGUCCUGGGAAGAGAUAAUUAUUCUGCUUUGAGGAGGAACAGCGAGACAACAAGUGCAGUGGCUGUGAAAUCAGUGAUAGAUAGUGUGGGAAAACUUCUCACACUGACGUGAAAGUGCCGACCAUACAGGAAAGACAACAUCAGUGGCAUCCGUGCAUGCUUCAGAGGUGAGAGAGAAUUGUCUCCGGAGGUUUGAGUUACAAAGCUGGAGAUUUAUCAAGGUCAAGCGGAGGUUGGGAAGAUGAUAUCGCUUUAGUCUGAAUAGUGGAUGACCCCACUCCGCCCAGCAUGACAGCGCGCACACACACACACACACACACACACACGCUCACUGACUUAUAUCCUUAAAUAAGGUACCCCUCAGUUCUUCCUUCAUCUCCGUCUGUGAUCCUUAAACCUGCAACAAAGGCUAGUGGUUUAAUUUCCUCCAUUCCUCAUCAGCCCUGCAAGGACCUGGAUCCCACCCAAGGGAGAUGAGAUAAUAUCCCAUUGGCCUGACCGCCACCCAUCCUCUCACCUCUCUCUCUCUCUCUCUCUCUCUCUCUGCCCAGGGGCCUUGACGAGCACAAACUGAGCCGCUUGACCGAUCACAGCUACGCUUGCACACACCAAACUCCCCUCCUUCCGCCUGUGUGUCAGUGUCUGUGUGUGAUGAGCUGUGACUUGCUAGGCCAACGGUUUCUGUGCACGGUGGAGCGGCCAUGUUAGACCGCUCCACCGUGCACACACAGCUGUGGGCAGCAGACAGACAGGCGGACAGACAGGUCUGUCACCCCCAAGCUGUGAUAAUCCACUGACUGACGAGGGCGCAGAUUAUGGUAACAGUGUGCGUGUCAGGAUGAGCAAUUUGUUUUCCCUUGCAAUGUUUGACAGGUGCUCACGGUGUGGUUCACCAACACUUUGAGGUUCAGUGUGUAAGUGGGCUGUGUUGGAAAAAGGUGAUGUCAGGUAUUCCUAUGCACUAUUUAGAGUUGAGCAGUACAAGAACUUUUCAUUCAGGUCUUGGAUCACCAAAUACUGUCAGUCAAGAAAUAUUCCAAAUCUGCAGGGUUGAACCAUUUUAUACCUGAUGGAACAGGUGUGUGUCUUCUGUUUACUCCAGACCUUUUAACUAAAUGUGUAGUUUUUGGUGACUUGUCACAAAAUGGGUGUCUAUUGUAGCUUCGGUCUUGCAGUACAUUGUGCAUUGGUUAUCGCUGGUGGCCCAUGGUGGUACUGUAUCGGGUUUAGGUUCAAAUUUCCAUCUCCCUAUAAGAACAGUAUGCAGCUCCAUUCAUUUCCAGUUAUAUUUUAUGUACAAACAUACAGAUUCUCUCUGAAUUUGUUUGCUCAGAGUGAGUGUGUUGUGGUCAGCAGAAACAAAGAUUACCAACAAGCAAUGGCAAAAGUCUGUGUAUAGCUUAUGGUAUCAAAAAAUCUCAAAAUGUUACUCGAUGGUGUGCUGUUGACCUUUAUUGCCCAUCAAAGUCAAACUGAACCACCAUGUUUUCCCUUGCCAAAUUGGAACUUAGAAAAUGUCAGAGCUAUAGACAGAAAUGUUUACAUGACGGUGAACUAUUUUGCAUUGUAAUGCUUUCUGAAAUAGACUGUAGUAGUCGCUUCAUCAAAUAGACAUGUCACAAAUGUUUUUCUAAUUUGAUCCCCUGAGAAGAGGACAAGAAAAAAAAACUUUUCAAAGGGAAAAAAGAAAAUUGGAAGAAGCCUUGGAGAAGGAUCACACAAGAAGAGAUCCCUUUUCAGAGCUACCAGUUUUGGCAGCAAUUCAGAAGCAGAUCGGUGAUAUAGAUGAAGCAUGGAAAAAUGCUGCAUUUAGACAAUGCUGCAACAUCAAUAAAAUGGCGGGGUGCACAAUAUCUGCUCCCUCCCACCAAUUCAUGUUGAACAAGGCCACAUAAAUACCACUCAUUUGUCAUUAUGGACAGUGUAUGCACUGUAAACUCUCCCUCUGAGUCUUUUUGAGGCAUUGCAACAUUUGGCCAGUCCCACACAUACUUCUCUCUGUGGGCUCCUGGCCUUGCUACACUCUUGCUCCUCAGAACCAAGGUUGGCCAGAUAACACUGGCUCAGAGCAUACAUCAACUCCCGGCAAGAGAUCUGCCCAUGAUCAGAGAAGAAAAGACUAGGGAGGGAGUCUUGGGGGGGAGUAUUCCUGUUUUUAACUAAACUGCACAAAGAAAAAUGAUCAUUCUUUGUCUUCUGUGCGCAAAACAGCAUUCCUGCUAUGAUUAGAGUAAUCUAAGGGUUAACAGAAAUGAUCUGGUAAGCAAACAUGCAGAUUAUUGCAUACUGAAACAUUUAUACUCAAGUGAUAGUGUCACAAAACACCUCUUUUCUGGUAGCCGUUAUUGCACCUUGUGUCUGAAAUCACACAAUCAGACACUGUGUGCACUAGGUCUGCAGCAAAACAUCUGUUUUUAAUCAUCGCACCUCCUUCGCUGGCCGUGGGGGGCAGGAGGCGGACUGUUUUUAAUAGCAACUGCCACCUCUGCCUGAAGUGACACCUUGAGAGCUACCUUGUGCAACACAAACAAGAACCACAAGGUUAAUGACGGGCAUACAUUGACCUACCAGUUAGGGAGGGGGUUUGAGGGGUGCAGCACCCCAGCUGAGAGGACAAGUGGCCCGUUGAGUGGCGCCAAGGCUGCGUCUAAUCCUGAGUGUCGUGGGACGGGGUUAAGCCGCUCUGACAGAAGGCACUGAUGGACCUGCCUCUGAUCGCUGGUGAUAAUGAGUCAAGCCAGACAGAAUUUUACACACCGUCUCAAACGCAACGCCAGUGUGUUAAUCAGACCAGCUAAUCAGGUCUGAGCUCUUUUCAGUGUAUUAUUCUGUAUCAUAACACAGCUGCAUUAGCCCAGGCUGAAGCCAACAACAAGUCAGUGUUGUCUUCAUGGCUUCAGGUACUCAUUAUGAGUAUCGGAAAAAGUUUAGAUUUUGCAGAGAGUAGAGGUGACGCAAUUAAGACCAUUUGCUGUAUUUAUUUGUUAUUAGAUGCAAACCAGCAGCAAGUCUCACGUCCGUGGCAGUGAGCUUUUAACGAUCCCCCAUACGAACUGCCUUUUGUAUCUACUCGCACCCCUACAUCGAGCACAUUCAAAAGCAGGUUAAAAACUUUACUUUUCACAACUGUAUAUAUUUUGUAUAUUUUGACAUUUGUAUAUUCUGCACUGUUGCAGUAUUUAUCUUCUGCUCUGGCACUUCUAUGAUUGUGUUUCCACUGCAUUGUACUGUAUUGUUGUCUCGCUAACUUUUAACCAAAUAAACCUUUGCAGUGCAGAGAAUGCAAACAGGUGGUGACAUUUUUCAACAAAGGACACAUUUAUUAUAUGAUAUUAAUGGUUACUGUUAACUUCCAAUUUGCAGUACUGAAUACAGCAUUAAUGGAUUAACUGAGCAUUGGUCGGAGGAAAAAAACACAGUGGAGGUUUUAAUCUAUUCAUGUUUUGGCUGAAGAUGAUGUGGUACAUGACACGACAAGAAAAAGCGUGAACAUCAGUAUUUACACCAACUAAAAACGGGAUUAGUUUCAUUGUCAUUAUAAUAUGCUGUAAGUUCUCCACCCUUAAAUGUCAUGUGUUUCCCAGAUGUAUUUACCAGUUUGGUCGGUCAUUUAUGUUUCCUUGGUUUCCUUGGAGCAGUGGGUUAAUGGCACCUUGCCAUCCUUUCCGUCCUUUGAUGGCACCAGUGAUCUGUUUUUGUCUGUCAUGAUGCUAGUCAUUAAGACUAGAUUUAGAAACUAAGUGACUCAGGCCUCGAGUCCACUUAGGUGUUUUGUUUUGUUUUUUUUCUGGCAGACACCUCCUGGCACGGAGCUUAUGUGUUGAGAGAAAAAAAUGCUACAUGUUGGUUUUGAUUGGCAUUAGCUUGGUAUGUUGACUACACAGAACAACAAGCUUACAACUGGUGAGGUGUUAAAAGCACAAAGCUCAACAUUCAGUGUGACGCUCGGUCGACCACGUGCUGCUCUCUCCUUGUUGGAAACAACUGAAUAAAGGCAUCUACACCAUGUAUUUGUGGUUCUGAUGUUUAACAUGAUCUCUCUUCAGUCAUAGCAGCCAUAUGCAAAUUUUAAAAUCGUUCAUUUUGAUGGACUGCCAUGACUUUAAUAUUUUUUUAUGCAUUUGCAAAGAGAUUUUCUUGACCACUAGAGUCAAAUGGGCUGCAAGCAAAAGGGGUGUUUCUCCCUUUUGCUUUUCACUAUCUGUACCUGUGCUUUGCAAGUCUUUGCAUGCAGCCCAACAUCUGGACUCCACCUUGGGCCAAAGGUAUAAACCAAACUUCAAAAGGCAAAGAAGAAACAGAGGUACACCAGGAUGAUUUCACUACUGACAGGACCAGCUCCAAGCAUCUGGCUCAGACCUUAUUUUGAUCUCUCGUGCUUUAUUUCCAGUGGAACAUGAAGGGGUGCAGUGUGGGUGUGGGAAUAUAGGAAAGCAUGGCAGCAACUUGGCUCAAAGUCACAAGAAUUGCUUUUCUAAAUGUUUAUAAUACAUUUCCCACAGAUAGAAUGGCGACAAGUUUUUCUUUUAGUAAACAAGAUGACACAGAUGAUUGGGAACACCUGGACUAUGAGUGAGUAUACAGUGAGAAAGUAUAUAUUGCAGGCAUCGGCAGCUAAUGGAAUCAGUAAUAAAUUAAACUAUUUGACAGAAGCGAAGCAUGUGCGGCAGUUAAUCAUAGCACCUCCUCCUCAGGAUGACACCAUAAUUUGCUUGAACUGUACCUCAUGUUUUACAUAUUCAAGCGUUCACGUUAUGUCCAUGUAGCUCGGCUCUUGCAACUUUUUGCUGAAGCCUUUUUACACCUUGCAUUUGGUGUUAACAUGGUGGCUAACAAAAGAAAUCAGUCACGAUCCUUUUUAGCUCAGUGCAGGGAAAACCUGGUGGUGAUUUAGCACCUUAAGCACCAAUGGGUGCUGUUGUUUAUUGACAGUGAGAGCAGGAGUUUCACGCUUUAUCACAUAUGGUUGACUGAGUCAUCUAGAGCCGAGAGCUCAGGACUGUGUGUGCAUGCCUGUGUGUGUGUGUGUGUGUGUUUGAGCAGUGUUCCUUAUUGUGUUUCUCGGAGGUCAAAAACAGGUCACUUGGAUAGAAGUGGAUGAUAAGCAAAAUGCAUGUUUCUACAAGUGAGCGAGAGGAAAAAAAACACUGGAUAGUGAUAAAAAUAAGCGUGACAGAUAAGCACAGAGAGUUUAGAAUAAACUGUAGCUGACAGUGUUUACAUGACAGUGACGUGUAGUGGAUCAUGUUUUCAGGAAAUACAGAGACCCUGGAUGCAGUCCUGUCAAGCUUAAUUAAAACUUGGCUCUUUUUGUACACACACGCACACACAGACAGAAACUCUCCUCUGAGGGAGUGGGUGUAAUAAAUCUCAGGCCCAGUGCAGGAACCUGUGUGGUCCUCGGUGACUUGUUAAUUAGGCAUGAAUAGCAAAGCCAUUAUCAAGGCUGGUCUCAUGGGACGAAAAGGAGACUUGACACUUGACAAAAUACGCAGAUUUAAAACCAGCCCAGAGUUCCAAUACACUGUUAGCGGAUAAAGGUGCAAAAAAUUUUGUUUAGCCUCACCAGUACUAGAAUUAAGCCCCUUUGAUUAGUUAGUUAGAUUAUGUGUGCAUUUAUGUGUGUGCAAAAUGAUUUAGAAAUUUCAGGACUCCGAUUUCUCUUCAGAGAAGAAAGCCCUCUUUGUACCGGUGACCAGGCUCAGAGCCGCACACACACGUAGAUAUAUAUCCAAAGAAGCUCAAAUUAGGCCUUGAAGGUCUCUUAUUUUCCCUCAGGAGAGACGCUCUCUGGGGACAGACCAGGUUCAUGUGAGGAUAUGACAAAUAAAUGGGCCUACCGAAAUAUGAACAUGUCUUUGUCCACUGUGUAUAUAUGAAUGGGUGUUCUCCUUGUGUUUCACUAUAAAGGGAUCCUGUGUUUUUGUGAGAGCUGAUCAAACAUUUAUAGCAUUACUCUGGGAUGCUGUAAGUUUUCCGUGGUAAACUCUGUCUUGUUCUUGAUUAAGUGAUAAUAAAGAACAAGUCUAGACAGAUUACGGCUCUGCAGUGCUGUCAGCAAAUAACUUCAAUGAAUUUCUUUUCUAAGAGAGACAGUGAACGAGAAAGGGGUGAGAGACUUAAUGCGUGCACACUCGUAGGUGUGUGCAAAUCAUUGCGUGCACAACUCGUAAAUGAUCUGCCAGUCUUGGUCUAAGUCUGAACCUGUAAUCUUAUGUUACAUCUUCUUACUUGAAUGUGUGACUGAAACCACAACACAACACCUUGUCAACAAAACAUUGUAUACUAUAACACAAAUGUUCCUUCCUGUUGUGGUUGCAACAUUCAUGAUCAUAUAAUUUGGUCAGAAAGGGAUAUUUCAGAAUCUUGACCAUGCAUACCUGCGCUUUGGUAUUUGGAUGUGUGAUUAUGUGUCUGUGAAUUGGAAUGCUGAGAGUGUGUGUGUUCUAUAGGAUGAGGGUCUGCUGUGUAUAUCUUGCACAGGCUGACAGGAUCCCUGAAGGUGGAAGUUGGUCUUAUCUCCUCAGGACACAAGUGUCAUCUCUCUGUCUUCAGCCACAGCCUUAGGGUAGUGAGAUGGAAGGUGAGAUUGGACAUGGGGAUUAGUGUUGGAGCUGCUUUUUUAAGAUAAAAUGUUGUUUUUUUUUCUUUAAUGGAAACUUUAUGGAGUUUAAAGCUGUUUCAGGGAUCAGAUUUUAAACUCAUAAGCUGCUGGGAUAGAAAGAAGUUAGAAAUAUUUGAACGUCAUGAUUCGUGCAGGUGUCCCUCGCUCUCGAACACAGUCUCUGUCUCACACAGUCUGCAAAAAAGCAGACAUACAAACAAUGACUUUCCCCCCGAUGUCCAGUGGGUGUGGAUUGUGUUUGCGUGUGUGUGUGUGUGUGUUUGUAUUGCGUUGUUUUAUAGGUUGGGAUGUGGGGUGGUGUGUGCAUUAGGAUGAAGGGGCAUCCGCUGUAAGGUUGGGCAGAAAGGGAAGGGAGCAGGACAGGGCAGUUGUGCAGAGCAAGUGUUACAAGAGCUGAAAUAACAGUGGAGGAAGAGACGGUUUCCCUUAGACAAGGGAGUUUCCAGUUUUUCAUGGAAGUCAUUGCUGGAAGGAGAUCGCCGCUUGUCUGAGAUGAGCAGAAGCCCAAAGCACGGCCCCAGUCCACAGCCCGGCGUCUGCGACCAGGUUGACCACAUUUCUCUGGCCUCCCUGGAGUCACUGGACACCAUGUCUGAGUCGGACACACCCACAGGAUUCACUCGUGGCAGCCGGGUUCGUGCUAGCCUUCCCGUGGUGCGAUCGACCAAUCAGACGAAGGACCGCUCGCUUGGCGUACUGUACCUGCAGUACGGGGACGAGACCAAACAGAUCCGCAUGCCUAAUGAGAUCACCAGCAUCGACACUGUCAGAGCUCUGUUUGUUAGUGCCUUCCCACAGCAGCUCACCAUGAAGAUGUUGGAGUCGCCCAGCGUCGCCGUCUACGUCAAAGACGACAUGAGGAAUAUGUACUACGAGCUCUCCGACGUCAGGAACAUCACAGAUCACUCCUGUCUGAAGGUAUACCACAAAGACCCAGCGCAGGCGUUCAGCCAUGGGCCAAGACCUGCCAACGGUGAUGCCAGGAUGCACAGCGAGAUGCUGCAUACCAGUCGUGAUGGUCCACACCCUCUUAGACAGCCCCCACUACAUCACCCUAUGCAGGGAGCUCUACCCCCAGCUCCCCACUCCAUGCCCCCAUCCCCCUCCAGAAUCCCAUUUGGCCCACGGCAGGGUUCCGCACCUGGCAGCGCUACUAUCCCAAGGGACCGAGUGUCUAACCCUCCAGCCCGCUCCAUCUCACCCUGUCCCAGUGCCAUCCUGGAGAGACGUGAUGUCAAGCCAGAUGAGGACAUGGGUGGUAAAAGCCACAGUCUAGCCAGGGGAAAUGAGGGGCUGUAUGCAGACCCAUAUUUGCUCCAAGAGGGACGAAUGAGCAUGGCUACUGCGCAUGGUCCACACCCCAGCCCUGGGCUUGAUGGUCCAGAACAUAGCAUUGGGGGAUUUCACCGUGCCUCCAUCCGUUCCACAAGCUCUUAUGGCGGGCCCAGCCCCACAGACACUAUGGAUCAUCCUUCACUGUACAGGCAGAAGUCCAGAAACAGCCAGCUGCCUACUUUGGGCUCCAAGACUCCUCCUCCAUCCCCUCAUCGGAUGACUGAGGUACGGAUGAUUGACAUCCAUGGCGUGCCACCUCACAGCAUUCCCAUGGAGAGGAGCUCACCUGUCCGCCAGUCCUUCAGGAAGGAUGAAGUGACAGGGACAAAGCCCCGGGGCAACAUGGGAUCACCCGUAGUUGCAGACCUCCAAGGUCACCUCCAGGGGCCAAUCCCAACUGCCAGCGACCAUCAGACACGAGAGCGAAUGAAGGCAAUGGAGCACCAGAUUGCCAGCUUGACUGGUCUUGUUCAGCAUGCACUUUUAAAGGGGCCAAACGCUAGUGGCACCAAGGAGCCUCUGAGCGAGAGACCACCGAAGACCUCAUCUCCAGCCCACAGCGCACAUAGUUCAGGUGGCUCCCCAGUCUUGGUUCCCAAGAGCAAUGCAUCCCCGUCAGACAAGAUCUCAGUUCCUCUCAAAGUCAACCUCCUGCAGUUCAGGAAGAAUGUUUCUGACCUCAGGAUGCAACUCCAUCAAAUGAGACAGCUGCAGCUCCAGAAUCAGGAGGCGUUACGAGUUCAGCUGAAGCGGGCUGAGCAGGAGAUCAGUAUUAAACUUGCAGAAGCCAUGCGGGGUCUGGAGGACCCUGUCCAGAGGCAGAGAGCUUUGGUAGAAGAGGACAGGCACAAAUACUUAGGUCUGGAGGAGCGUGUCCUCACGCAACUCAGUGAGCUGGAGCAGUAUGUAGUCUCUCUGCAGAAAGAGUCCGCUGCAACACACAGAGCAGUGACCCUGAAGGACGUGGAGGAGGGAGCUGUGACUCUGAGGAAGGUGGGAGAAUCUCUGGCAGGCCUCAAAGGAGAGUUCCCAGCACUGCAAACCAGAAUGCGAGCUGUGCUCAGGGUGGAAGUGGAAGCUGUCAAGUUUUUGAAGGAGGAGCCUCAUAAACUGGACAGCAUGCUGAAAAGGGUCAAGAGCCUGACUGACUCACUCAGCAAUCUGAGAAGAUGUGCUACUGAUGGCUCUCAGAAAGGACCAGAUCCUUCUGCUGAUGUGCCAGUGAGCCGUUCAGCGGUAGCAGUAGCAGAAACCCCUGCAGAGGCUCCUCCAACAUCAGUCCAGCCUGGCUCCACAUCUGCCUCGCUGGAGCCUCAGAGCUCCACCAUCAGAUCAGAGGUAAUGCCUUCCUCUCCGGUGGUCAUCCAUCAUGUCCAGAGCUCCCCGGUCCACAUGCAACAGUCCCAGCAGUCCGCCGCCUUGACAGCUCAGCCCAGUCCACCGCUCACUCCAAGCCCCACUCACAUCCCUAGUCCCAACCUGAGCAAGAGUCAAGGGCGGGAAUCUCCCAAGGGGGCAGCCUUGGAUCCACCGAGUCCCACCCGUCACAAGAAGACGCAUGGAAACCCAGUGAAUAAUGGCAACGGCUCAGUCAGUCAGGGUCUUGUCAUAGAGGAGCUCCAGAACAGCCAGGACAAGAGCAAAAACAGAGCUAUGUCCAUAGAGGCAGCAGAGAAGGAAUGGGAAGAGAGGAGGCAGAACAUGGGUCAUUAUGAUGGGAAAGAGUUUGAGAAGAUACUCCAGGAGGCCCAGGCCAACAUGAUGAAGGGCAUUCCCAGUCUAGACAUUGAAGAGAACUCAGGAUUGCACCCUACAGCCACUGGAGAACAAGCAGACACCCACAACCCCUCGGAGUCACCAUUAGAAGAGCCCCAGUCUGAGCCUCACUCAGACAAACCAGCCAAGAAGGGGCCUGAGAGACUCCCAAAGCCUGUGAUGGAGAAACCAGCCAAACCCGCACUUGAGAGACACUCCAAGACUGCCACCAAGCCAGCACCCAAUGAGAGUUUUACCAAGCAGGGAUCUGAAAAGUCUGGCAAGUCCCCACCACCACCUCCUCCAAGGAAGACAUACCCCUGCUCGAGCUCAGGCAUGACCACCACACGGUCUGGCGAGGUGGUCUACGUCAGUAGGAAGGAGUCCUUCUCGACUCAGGAGAGUGAGGAGGACACUCCACCUCCCACUCCCCAAACCAAGCCCACCAAGGCUCCACCAGAGACCAAGCCAAAGCCAGCCACCCCUCCCCCAGUCACUGCCUCCGUUACUGGAGAUGAGGAGGAUGAAGGGGACAAGAUCAUGGCAGAGCUCCAGGUUUUCCAGAAGUGCACAGUUAAGGAUGUAGAGAUGAAAAAUUUGGUAGAACCCACCACUCGAAUCGAACCACAAAUCAGAGAAAUAAGACCAGGGGGCUUAUUGGCCCUCAAAGAGAAAAAGCAGAGCUCAGAGCCCAGUCGAGAGGAUAAAGAUCCAGAUACAGAUGAAAAUGGCAAUACUACUGUUCGACAGAGCCAAGGGGUCAUAUAUUAUGUGACAGGUCAGAUUCCGAAAGAGCAGCCACCUCUGCCUGGAACGGAGGAAACCACAGAGCAUCGAGAAACCACACAGCCUUCAUCACAGGUGUCAAAUGUCAAUGUUAAUGACAAUUCUCCAAGCCAGCAGCAGCAUCAGCCACCACUGCCUCUGUCACCAAAAUCACCUCCACCUAUAUCACCUAAACCUGUGGGACUGAAAGCAUUCAAACUUCCAAAGAAGCAAGUUAAACGUUCUGAAUCCUUGAAGACCAGUGCAGAAAUGGAGAAGGGAGAAAUCCUCAACAAAAUUAACAACAAAAAGAAAAGCAAAGUCAUCCAGCUGCAUGUUUCUUCUGGUAAAAAUAUAAUCCCCGAGCCUAUGGGAACCACAACUACCAGUACUGUAAGAGAGACACCUACGAGUUCUGUUACUCCAACAAAAAAGACUCUCAGUGAAGACAGUGAUCCACCUAAAGAUAAUUGUGAGGAGGAUAAUGAGGAGGCUAGUCUUAGUCCUGAUUUACCUGGAGAGGAGGCACCUCCACCCCCUGACAACAUAGCAUUUAUGAUCACCAACACCAAAGUUCAGGCUCUGUCUUGUGGCGAGUACCAGGAAUUAGUCAAUGCCAAGAAAGGAAGCGUCCAGACUGUUACUGUAGGUAAUGCCGCCAACCGAGGGAACACCCAGGAGGAUCCUGCUGUGCCUGGGGACAAUGGCUUCAACAAGAAGCCUGUGAUCAUCAUUUUUGAUGAACCCAUGGACAUCCGCUCAGCUUACAAGCGCUUGUCCACCAUCUUUGAAUGUGAGGAGGAAUUGGACAGGAUGCUAGCAGAAGAGCGCAUUGAGGAGGAGAGUGAGGAGUCUGACACAGAGAGGUAUGGUGGACUGCAGGUAAAAGCUGGAGGGACCGAAGUGGUUGAUGGCAAAAAGGCCACCACUUUACAGGUCACUGCAGACCAUGUUAGCUUAUCAUCCUCAUCUUCAUCUUCAAUCUCUGAACUGACGGACAGUGGAGUGAACUUAGAUGGUGACACUAAGCAGGAUGGUAAGAAGAAGUUCAAGUUUAAGUUCCCCAAGAAGCAGCUGGCAGCACUUACCCAAGCAAUUCGGAGUGGCUCCAAGUCAGGCAAGAAGACUUUACAGGUGGUUGUGUAUGAAGACGAGGAGGAAGGUGAUGGUACUAUCAGACAGCACAAAGAAGCAAAGAGAUUUGAAAUUGCACGCUCAAAAUCUUUGGCAGACACUCCCAAGGUAGCAGGCUCAGCCGCACUGAAGAGACAGACCUCCAACUCCCUCGGCAGGACAAAUGAGAUCCGGAAGAACACCUACAAGACACUGGACAGCCUGGAACAGACCAUCAAACAGCUGGAGACCACGAUCAGUGAGAUGGGGCCACACUCCACUAGCGAGCCAGUCUGCAUGAUGGAAUCUAAAGCAGGGAAUGGGAAAAGCUCAGAAGGAGUGGGGCUGAAGAGGUCUUCCUCUCUCCCUACCUCCAGAGGGUCAGGCCCUAAGGUACCCAGCAAAAAUUCAUUUCAGAAGAAGACUAAACCUCAGCUCCUUCCUCGCCCUGUAGUCAUCCCUACUACUACCACCACCACCACUGCUACCACCACCACUGUCCCCAGUGCCCCCAGCACUGUACAACAGAACACCAGUGUCGCUUCCCCUACUAGUCGGAUGCCCGUUCCUUUGUCUGCGAAGUCCAGGCAGUCGCCGGGUACUACUGACAAAGCAGGAAAACAGCAAAAACUGCAGGACGCUCAGAGGCAGUUCCGACAGGCUAACGGAAGUGCUAAAAGAGUGGGAGGGGAUCAUAAAACUACUUCCCCUACUAUACCCAUCUCUAAAAUCCCUGCUUUUUAUCCUAGCUCUACUAAAGGCAGCUCCCAGUCUGCACAAAACUCAGAUGCUACUAAUCCCGUUAACCCUUCCUCCUCCUCUUCCUCUUCCUCCUCCUCCUCCUCCUCCUCCUCCUCUGCGACAAAGUCCUCCACCCUGUCCUCUCAUACUCCUCGUUCCGGUUCCCUACCCUCCUCCCACAUCCCCUCCCUGUCUAACGGAUCUCUCAAACUCCCCACACCCUCACAGCACACAGGUAAAGCUCUCUCGUUUCCCUCGCAGACUCAGAAUGGUCGAGUGCACUCCUCCUCUUCAUUCUCCUCCUCCUCCUCCUCCUCCUCCUCCUCCCCCUCCCCUCUGUCGCCCACACCUUUGGGCCAAGGUGGAAAGAGCAUCCGCACCAUACACACUCCCAGCUUCACCAGCUACAGGUCCCACAACGGCAGCAGCGGCAAAUCCUGCAUCCCAACAGCCACAGCAGCUAAGGACACUACCUAGUCCCAUUAUCGCCCCUCCAAAUAGCAGGUAGACCUGGUCACGUGUCAUUUUAUAUAGUUUUGUAUUGUUGUGGGUUUUUUAAUAGUAAGUAUUAAGCGAUGCACUCUCACAAUUCAUGUUUUAUUUGACACUGGCAUUCUCACACCAAUGCUUUUAUCUCCUUUAAGUUGCAUUUUCCAUUUCUGAAAAAAAAAACGUACUUGGAUUCUGAUUCUUUGAUUCUCUGAUUCUGAUAUCUUGAAGGUGUAUUAAAUGUUCUGACAAAAUAUUUUAUAAUGGAACAAAAAACAAUAUUUAGCUUUACCACUUUGUAGUUAAAGUGGAAGGCUCUCAUGGUGUUGAAAAUCUAUUUUUCUUGCUGUAGCUAUGAAUAGGGAUUAUAUAGUUGAUGUACAAUCACAAAGUACCAUGUAAAAAUGUUGUUUUAUUUUUCAAACCAGAGAUUGAAUAACCAUAGUAUAUUUAAUCUUCUAUAUUUCUUAUGUUGCCAGACAUUCAACACAGCCCUUGUAAAUGCCUUUUAUGAAUGUAUACGUGAUGUAUACAGACGAGUUUGAUUCUUUGUUAAGUUUUGUUUUCUAAGAGUAUUUCCUUGUUUUUCACCCAUAUGAACUGCCAUUUUAUUUUACGGACACGUGAAACUGGUAUCAUGAGUUCUACAAGUUUUAAUUUAACAUUUAAUAAAACAUUUAGUGUGCCUAUUUGCCAAAGUUCUUGUUCAAUGACUAACUUCAGGCCUAACCCAGUCACAGAUUUCUUGGGAAUUUACAUGUGUGGUGGCUGAAAUGUUGACCACAGGGUUUGUACUGCUGGUCUUGGUUUGUUAAGUUAACAUAUAUUGUUGUCUAAAUAUAAACUGUACUAAAAAAACAAGGCGAUUAAUUGGUUCUACCACGUGUACAUAGAUGCUUCUACUAAGAAAAUAUGUAGUUUUUUUUUUUAACAUACCAAAGUUUAUUUGUAUGCAUGCCUUUCAAAUACUUUAGGAGAGUGGUGUAAAAGAAGAAUUAUGUUUGCACAAAUAGAUUUUGUAAAUAUCUGGUUUUCUCUCAUUUUUGUAAAGCUUUAAAUCAUACUAUAAAUGAGCAAUGUGGUAAAGACAAAACUGUGUUGGAGUAGCAAAAAUAAAGACUUGCAUGCUUGUAAUGCA